GGAAUCGAUAUUGACACGAAUGAGGUUCGUGGCGUUCAUGCGCAUCGUUCGUUGCUGCCGAUGUUCAUUCUCGUAGUUUUUAUUUGAUUACUUUAAGUUCAAAAGAUGCUGCCCUGCACUGCUCAUCAGGCGAUAAUCGCUGUUUAUGCCUGUAUUAUGACAUUCUUACCAUUUGUGUCUGCAGAUGGUGGAGCUACGCCACUCACGCAAAAAAAUAUUGAUAUGACGUUAGCAUCAAAUGAACUAGUUUUCAUUAACUUCUAUGCAGAAUGGUGUCGCUUUAGUAGUUUAUUGGCUCCAAUUUUUGAUGAGGCAUCAGACAAAGUGAGAGAGGCUUUCCCGGAAGUUGGAAGAGUCGUUAUGGGAAAAGUGGACUGUGAUAAAGAAUCAUCCAUCGCAUCCAGAUUUCAUAUUAGCAAGUAUCCAACUUUGAAAAUAAUUAGAAAUGGCCAACCAACCAAAAGAGAAUAUAGAGGACAACGCUCUGUCGAUGCUUUUGUAGACUUUGUUAAGAAACAAUUGGAGGAUCCCAUCAAAGAAUUCUACAACAUGAAGGAAUUGAAUGAAUUAGAUGACAAAAAGAGAAUGAUUAUUGGAUACUUUGAUAGAAAAGAUGUUCCAGAGUAUCAGAUGUUCCGAAGAGUAGCCACAAAUCUUAAGGAUGAUUGUCAAUUUCAUGUUGGCUUUGGCACAUGCUCCAAUCAAAACUGUGAAAUUGGAGAGCAUUUUCAUUUUGCGGAUGCAAGCAGGGCAAUGCAUCCUCCAGGACAACCAAUCGUAGUGUUCCGUUCGGAUAAAGCUUUGUCCAACGAUGAGGAUGAAACGUACAAGGGCAGUCUACAAAAUUUUGAUGAAUUAAAUAUCUGGGCGCAAGAGAAAUGUGUGCCUCUGGUUCGGGAAAUCACAUUUGAAAAUGCCGAAGAAUUGACGGAAGAGGGUUUGCCAUUCCUGAUCCUCUUCCACGCACCGGAUGAUUUCGAGAGUGUUAAAUCAUACAAGGACGUAGUGGUCAAUACGCUGAUUGACGAGAAACAGAAUAUCAACUUCCUGACCGCUGACGGCCUUAAAUUUGCGCAUCCUCUUCAACACUUGGGAAAGAGCACAUCUGAUCUACCUCUGAUAGCGAUCGAUAGCUUCCGUCACAUGUAUCUCUUCCCGAACUUCCAGGAUAUUUUCAUACCUGGAAAACUCAAAUCCUUCCUGCAGGAUCUCUACUCUGGGAAAUUGCACCGUGAAUUUCACUACGGUCCGGAUCCCAGUAACAAUGACGUUCCUCAGCUCGCAGGACAGGUGAAAGUGCCGACAACUCCUCCCGAAUCGACGUUCAAGAAGCUCACACCAAGCAAAAACAGAUAUACGUUACUGAGGGAUGAGCUGUAAAAGUAUAAAAUUAAAAAAUAUUAAAUACAAAACUACAAAAAUAACGAAAAAAAGACGUAUCAGAACGUGAAAAAGGGGAUACGCUUGCGCGCUUCAAUCAUCAAGUCGUGCUUUCAUACUCCGACGUGGGACGGUCAAUUACGCCGAUUGUUUCGCGGCUGUCUAUCCAACUUGUAUAAAUAUAUAAAUUAUUAUCUUGUAACGUCAGCGUCAUAUAGUAGAAUCAUGAAAAGAGAAAAAAAAUGAAAACUGGAAAGCACACCGGCGACGUGGAGCUUUCGAUCCUUAUUCUCAUUCUUGUUCAUCGUUGAAAUUUAGAAUAGUAGCAACCGUAAUGAUCGAGGAUGAUAAUGGCGAUGAAAAAGAAAAGAUUCUGUUAGCCAAUAGUAGACGCACUACUAGAUUUUAUACAUUUAAUUGUUUAUUAUGUCUCAGCCUUAAGCGAUUAGCUUCUAUAUUUACUGGUCGUAUCAUUACAUCAGUUUACCUACUUGCCUCGUUUCCCGUUUCCUUUUCUCUUAGAAAUUAUCCGUUUUUUCUAAGACCAUGCCAGUGGUAGUAAAUGUAUAAGAAAUCGCGAAGCCGAGCUAAUCGCGAUUUUUUUCUUUUUCAUAUGUUGAAAUCGUACUCCUACGACACGUUUGUGUGGACGAUGGUAUUCAUUUUUAAAUGUUAAUAAACAACUUUCUAAGUCACAGAAAAUCACGUUAUUUUGACAGCUAGUGUACGUAUAUAAGAGAUAAGAAUUUUGCACAUUUGUUGCACAAUAUUGUUGCACACACAAUCAGUAAAUAGUAAUUGCGAAUACGUGAAGUCGGUAGGAGGGAGCAAAGUGGAUCUACACACACAUUUUGUCCAUUAUAAAAUGGCUGUAUUUAGGGAUAACUCGAUACAUGUAUUACAUUUCACCAGUGCACGCUUUCUCGCCUUUCUGCGAUAUAUUUGUUCUUCUUUCAUCACUUUUUCCGUUCAUAUGCGGUGUUCCACUUUAUUACAAUACAUGACAAUACACGUAA